CGGUCCUCGGCGGGUGGACUUUGCUAAUCUUGCCUCCCGCCCCAGGCCCGAGCAGAACCCAGGCUCGCAGCGCCGCCUCCAGCCCGGGAGUUUCGGAGGCGCUCUGCCAGCCCUGCGCUCGAGGACCCGGACUAAGCCUGGGGGUCAACCAGGUGUCUUUUUCAAGAUUGAAGAGGCAGCCCUGGACGCAGCUGUUUGGUUGUUCUAGUCUGCAACCCCUGAAGAAGGUGCUUGGUGCUGGGGAAUCGGAGACAUGAAUUACGCACGGUUCAUCACCGCGAGGAGCGCAGCCAGAAGGCCUUCUCCCAUCCGCGUCUAUACUGAGAUACAGAGCAGGGCACCGAAAUCUGUCAUCUCCUUGGCGACUGGAUCACCAAACCCAAACACGUUCCCUUUUAAGGCUGCUGCUAUCACCAUAGACAAUGGGAAGACCAUCCAGUUUGAUGAACAGAUCAUGAAGAGAGCCCUUCAGUAUUCGGAAAGUGCUGGAAUCCCAGAGCUGUUGUCCUGGCUAAAACAGUUACAAGUAAAAUUGCAUAAUCCUCCCACCCUCCAUUAUCCAUCCAGUCAAGGACAAAUGGAUAUAUGUGUCACAUCUGGCAGCCAAGAAGGCCUUUGUAAGGUGUUUGAAAUGAUCAUUAAUCGUGGAGAUAAUAUCCUCCUAAAUGAACCUGUUUACUCAGGAACACUUCAAGCUCUGCGGCCACUGGGCUGCAACAUGAUUAAUGUUUCCAGUGAUGAAUAUGGGAUUAUUCCAGACUCCCUCAAAGAAAUACUUUCCAAAUGGAAACCAGAAGAUUCAAAGAACCCCGAGAAAAACACCCCCAAAUUUCUUUAUACUGUCCCAAAUGGCGACAACCCUACUGGAAACUCAUUAACAAGUAACCGCAAAAAAGAAAUCUAUGAGCUUGCAAGAAAAUAUGAUUUUCUCAUAAUAGAAGAUGAUCCUUACUAUUUUCUCCAGUUCAACAAGCCCUGGGCACCAACGUUUCUUUCCAUGGACGUUGAUGGGCGUGUCAUCCGAGCGGACUCUUUCUCCAAAGUUCUGUCCUCUGGGUUGAGAAUAGGGUUUAUAACUGGACCAAAACCCUUGAUAGAGAGAGUUGUUUUACACACACAAGUCUCAACAUUGCACACCAGUACUUUUACACAGCUCAUGGUAUCACAGCUUCUGCACCAGUGGGGAGAAGAGGGCUUCUUGGCUCACAUAGAGAGGGUUAUUGAUUACUACAGGAAGCAAAAGGAUGCAUUACUGACAGCUGCAGACAAGUGGUUAAGUGGUUUGGCAGAAUGGCAUGCUCCUACUGCUGGGAUGUUUGUAUGGUUUAAAAUUAAGGGCAUUUCUGAUGUAAAAAAACUGGUUGAAGAAAAAGCCAUUAAGAAAGAGAUAUUAAUGGUUCCUGGAAAUGCUUUCUACAUUGACAGCUCAGCUCCUAGCCCUUACUUUAGAGCAUCCUUCUCUUUGGCUUCUCCAGAACAAAUGGAUGUAGCCUUCCAGAGAUUAGCCGAACUUAUAAAAGAAUCUUUGUGAGGACAUCAAACUCUUCAUAGUACUCAUGGAUUUUUUUAAUAAAUUACUUCGAUGUUAAAGCAGCAAGAAAUGAUCAUUGAUUAAGACUUACAGAUUGACUUUCAUCAGACAUGUCAUAUCUGUAGUCAUUAACUAGACAACUUUUAAAGUGCCCUUAAAUCCACCAUAUUGCCAAAAUAUAUUUAUAAUCUAUGUAUACCUUUUGAUAAAUUUUCAACUUGAAAAAAAUUAUUUUUAUCGUGAAUUUUAUUGUAAAGAACUUUGUAACUGCUUUAUAAUAUCCCUUAAAUUUUCUUUGAAACUAACAUUUGCAGUAAACUAUUAUGAAAAUGUAAAAAUACAAAUCCAAAAUGGUAUGUAAUGUAAACUUUUUCUAUCUCUUCGGAAAAUGUAAUAAAAUCUUGUUGCAAAAAUUGUUAGAAUUUGACCAUUAUAAAUGACUUCAGUAAGAAUACCACAGAUAUUAUGUUAUGCCACAA